GACGCUUGAUGCUAGAAGAACAAGGGUAGUAGGGCCGAGAAGCGAAGCAGAGGGUGUGGGUGGAAGAGAUGGGUUACGUCCUGAGAGUUAGAUUGGCUUCCUUCUUUGCCGGAGCAGCGGUUGCAUCGUCUCUAGGGCUUUACCUUCUUCAAAGAGAUUACAAGAUCGCUUAUGACUCCAUUUCGCAAAAGAUGGGAGGGCUGCAUGAUUCUAUGGAGAGUAGAAUUUCGGCACUGGAAAAGCUGAACCAGAAUGAUGGUUCCCAACAUGUUCAAGCAGCAGAGUAGACAUUGGAGACCAAGCCAGGACAGGGACAUAGAAAGAACUUUCUCCUUUGUAUGCUCAUCAAGAUGUUAAAUUUUGCUUGGAUAAUCUGUUUAGUUAGUGUAUGAUCUUUGUUGUUAUCAGAUUUAGGUUUGUACCGAGCUGUUAGCUAGUUGUAAUGAUAUUACCAUGCCCAUAGAAACUUCCCUAAAGUUGAUGAGGGAAGUUUCUUUUCUUUGGUAGUGCGUUUUUACACUAUUGAAGAGUCUUAUUACCAUAAUUUCUUAAGAUUAAGAGACGAUCAAUCAAACUUAAAGUUUAACUA